AUGGCUGUAGAGCCAUCUGAGAGCUUGAUAACCUCGCAGUGGCACGAUCAUCAACACAACAAACACAGCAAACAUUGUACACAAAUACAACUCCUAACUCCUUCCUUCACCCUAGUUCCCCUUGAGCCUUUACUGGACGUGAGAAUGCCAUCUCCACCACCCACGGCUGCAGAGACGGCGCGCCGCACAGCCGAAGCCCGGGCCGCUGUCACCGCCUCCCUCUCCUCGGUUGGUGCCUCGCUCGAUCAUGAAAUGCGCACUCGCACAGCCGAUCUACACGCCAACGCGGCCGCAAUAUCGAAGCAGGAGAAGGAGCUUGCGCGACAGACGGCGGGGCUGGCGAAGCAGAGUGCGGAGUGGGACAAGUUGCUGCAGAAUGGCACGAAGAAGCUGAAUGAGGUGGGGGAUAUACAGAACUGGGCCGAGAUGCUUGAGCGGGAUUUGUUGGUGCUGGAGGAGACUGUGAGAUUGGUGGAUGAAGGAGAGGGAGACGGAAAGGGAACGGGGAAGGGAAAGGGAAAGGGAAAGGGAAAGGGAAAGGGAAAGGGAAAGGGAAAGGGAAUGGGAGAUGGACGACGUUGA